GCUCAAACGUCUUAUCGAUUUAACUGUGUUAUUAUUUUUUUUAUACUGUGACUGACAAUACUGAAAUGAUUGUGUGUCAUUUACCUCAAUCAAUAUACAUUCUGGGUUGUUUAAACAUGUUUGGAAUCUAUCGAUUCCUGCCACAAAAGACUUUUGGUCUAUUGUGGCGGAGCGCAGCAAAACAACCAUCAUCGCCUGAUUGAGUGGACACCAGCAGCCGAUAACGUCUGUGAAUCAGUGCUUCUGGACAGAAGCAGACGACAACACACCCGAUUCCCGCGCUGCGUCAAAACAGAAACGUCAAGCGACAUCAGCCAGUUCUGUGAAAAUAAUUCAAAAGUCUUCUCUAGUUUGUUUUAACCAGUGAAACUUUCAGAUAACUUUUGAUCUAAAAAAGAAGAAGACAUCUUAUAAUCGUCUGUUACUUCUAAAUUUUAUAUAUAAGCUUAAGUACAUUUUAGAAAAAACAAAAUGUCUGUGAUAUUUAUGGGUGUUCAUAAAAGGAGGGAAGCAAUGAAGAAGAAACAAAAGAGGAAGGUUCACGUUACCCCACACAGGAGAGUGGGGACGUGUAAAGAAGAUGGAAUAGCCAGAAUCACUACCCGGUGGAAGUUGGAAAUAAACGGCGAGGAAAUCGAUGUAGCUUUCUCUCGAGACAAUUACCACGUGUACAUCGACGGAGUUCCAGUCGAAGCCAAUGCGUUUCCUUCAGACCAAGAGUACGACCUUGACAUCACGUUUUCCUUAAAAGGCAUGAAAGGUCACAUCUACAGUGACGUCGAGGGACCGGAGAUGGUCAACUACCUUUGGGUCAAUAACCAGUUGGUUGCCAAGGAGGAAAUGGGAAAUCCUGAGAAGAGUACGAAGGCAAAGGCGAAGUCAUCUAAAGGGGUCACCACUCCUCUCAAACAGUACAUGAAGGAGUCCAGGGACCACAAGCUCGACCUCAAGUGAUCUCACGGACUCAACUUAAUUAUGCGCGACGACAGUUACCGACAAUUCCCGACAGUUCCCGAUAGUUCCCGAAAUAGAUUAACGAUCUCCAUGUAUAGACCUUUUAGUGCUUGUUAAACGGGAAUUUUGACUGCUGAGCCGAAAGGCAACAAAACGUCACGAAGCAAGUGUCGUUUAAAUAAGGGACAUAACUCCAAAGUUGACCUUUUAAUAAGAAUUCCCCCCCCCCCCCCCCCGUUUUGUUUGAUAUUAAAUUUUGUUGUGUGAAAUAGAAUAUUUUAUAUGGGGUUUUUUUCUUUAAAUGUGAAUUAACAGUACAUGCAAAUGAAAAAUAUAUGAAUUGCUGACUGCACGCUUUUCUUGUAAACACGAACGUUUGCAGACAGGACAGCACAUACCACAAUCGUUGAUGUACUAGUCUUGCGGCACUUUAUGGGACAGGAAAAGCCAGUUGUAUUGUUAAAGAGUAGAGAAACAAUGAAAUGUCACUGUAUGUAAAUUUUGACUGCAGACCUAUUAUAUGUCUAUAUUUAGAUCUGAACACACUGUUAAAUGAAUUUCGUUCUUAUAUUCCGUUUAGGUACGCUGUCUUGGGCACACAACUGAGCUAUCUGGGCUAAUAUGUCCAUGAGAAGGAUGAAUAGUUUGUUGUAAUUUUGUAGUUUUAAAGUGGCAAAGCCUAGUUUUAACUCGUGAAAAUGGACAUUGUGAUCGUUAAUCUACAAACAUGUAACACAUUUGGAUAAAGUUACAAAUGGAGUAAAACGAAGAAAUGCCUUUAAACAAAACCCAAACCAGAGCUCAUCUGCAUAACCAUUACUUCUCAGAGGUACGUACCUUUAUAAAAUAUGGAAGAAAAAAAACCAUUUUGUGUUAUUAGGAACACCAGGAUGAUAAGACACACUUAGGAUGUACGGAAAUGGAUAAUCUAAACAAUAAGUUUUUAGUAAUGUCUGAUUUAAAUUAUCUAAAAUGACUAUAAUAGAAAGAAAAAAAAGCCAUAGUGUUUAAAAACUAGGAUCUGUCGCUUUAAGGUUGUUAAAGGGACUAUCCUCUUGUCUGCAAUUGUUAAUAUGAUACCGACUAACAGAUACUUUUUAGCGACUUAUCAUUUUUAAUAAAAACAAAACAAUUUUUAAUUAUUAUUAUUAUUUUAUUUGUUUGCAUAAACUAUCGGUGAAUAUAAACGUGUUUCUGAUCGUCC